UUCUCCCUCCCUUCUCUCUCCAUCACCCGCUACGCUCGACGUCGCCAUGCUGCUGCCCGUCGACGACCACUUCCCCCCCCUCGACCUCUCCUGGCUCGACCCCGAGCCGACCGCCUGCCCCUCCCUGUCCCCGGUCGAGCAGCGGAGGCUACGCCGGAAGAUCUCCAACCGCGAGUCCGCCCGCCGGUGCCGGAUGCGAAAACAGCGCCACCUCGGGGAGCUCCGUGCUGAGUCCUCCCGGCUCCGCGACGAGAACCGGGAGCUGGAGAGCCGGGUUCGCACCCUGGCUCAACAAACCCUGCUCCUCCGCCGGGCGAACGGCCGGCUUCUCGCCGAGUCCUCCGCCCUCCGCUUGAGACUCACCGAACUCCGCCGGCUGGUCCUCCUCCGGCAACUGUUGACUCACGGCGGCUUUGGUUGUUUGGGAUACGAGCAGGAGUUAGCGUCGCUGAUCGCGUGAACUGGCGGAACUGGGAAGUUUCUGGACCGGGUCCCCUUUUUAUAUGCGGUGGACAUUGGCGGGUGUUGUUUUGGGUGGAAGUUCUCGUGUGUAAAUUACUAAUUCAUAAUUUACCUUUUCGGGUCUAACGUUUAAUAAAUAAAUAAACAAAGUGGAAUCCACUUUAAUUAAUAUUUACGCAUCCGCGUCGCGCAUCGCGGCGUUCUCUA